AUGCGUGAGCUUUGCCUGAUUCUGAUUUACAUUGCUACUGUUUAUGCCUUUCUGUUUCUAUUUUCGUCCAACUUUUUUUGCCGGAUUGCUCCUGUUUGCUGCUGUUUGCAAAACCAAAAAGUGAUGUCUCGCAAAGAAAAUCUGAUAUCUGAGUUACACACCAUAAAAGGAACAUGGAAAAUAGAUGUGCGUAUCACUGAUCUUUGGCAAGCUCGAAAGCAAAAUAGUAAACAAACAAUUGAGAUGGUGUUGAUGGACCAAACGGGUUCAAAAAUUGGAGUUACUCUCUGGCAAGAACUCUUCACUGAAUUGCGGGACAAGUUACAGUGUGGUUCUUCUUAUUUGAUUCAGAACCUGAGGAUUGUUGACAACCAAUCUGAAUACAGAGUCAGCCCAGCUCCAUAUUUGGUUUAUUUCCUAAAAACUACAUCUGUCAAGGAAAUUCACCGUCCAGAAAUUCCUUCUAAUGUUUAUCUCAUAACUCCUUUUACUGAUAUAAUCUCUGGCCUCGCACCACGCCAUACUUUAGUGGAUAUUGUUGGUGUCAUUGCUGAUCUGAUCGAUGUUAAGACAGUUAAUCCCCCUCACAGGAUGAUAGUCAGACUCAGGGAUAACAGUAACUGCGACAUUCUAAUAACUGUUUGGGAGGACUAUGCUAUUAAGCUACAUGAUGCUAUUGACAGAAACCUUCUGCUUCAGGAACCAUUGGUUGUUAUGUUGACCUUAGGUAAAAUCAAAGAUGCUACAGGUGUGUCUGGUGUUGGUUAG